AGGGGAGGUGUGUGCUGGAAUAUAAGCUCUCGUGUCUCCCGCCUUGUCCGACGUUGGUUGUGUUUGCCUGUCUGCAGCGUGCAUGCUUGUAUGUCAUCGGUAUAGCCUCACCUCACCUCACCUCACUUACACCGAAAUGACAACUCCCUCCCACAGCCAGCCAGACAUCAUGUCCGACCCGGCAGAAUCAACAUCACCAUUGGCUCCCCGGCGCCCGCCUCUCGGCUUCCUCAGCCUCCCGCCCGAGAUCCGCCUCCAAAUCUACGCCCUGCUGCUCAUCCUCCCGCCCUACUCCAAGUACGACCUGCCGCCUUGCGACUAUCACCACCACCACAACUCCUCCUCCUCGCACUCUUCGCCAUCACCACCAUCACAACAUCACCAUGCCCACCAACAAGUCAGCCAGAAGCAGCACCAGCACCAGCAGCACGACAUCCACCCCGCCCUCCUCCAGACCUGCCGCCUCAUCCACCUCGAGGCCUCCCCCAUCCUCUACUCCCUCAACACCUUCGUCGCCCACCCCUCCCUGCUCGCCUCCUUCCCACGCCUCCGCCCCCGCUGGCGCGGCGGUCCCGUCCGCGAAGCCCGCGCCCUCGCCCGCCUCCGCCGCUUCCACCUCACCCUCCGCCUCGACUGCGACCUGCCCUUCUCCCGCGACCGCGCCGCCCGCGCCUUCUCCGGCGCAGACGCCCUCGUCGUCGACGCCGUCCAGGCCGUCUUCCUCGGCGUCGGCUGCGCCAACCUGCGUGUCCUCGAGGGCGUGCGCGGCGUGGGGCGCGCGCGCGUCGUGGGCAGCACCACCGGGUUCGAGGACUACGUGCGCUGGCUCGAGGGCGUCAUGAUGAGCCCGCCUGGCGUCGAGGUCGUGGCCUUUAAAGGGGAGCGCGGGGACGGGGACGGCAGCGACGCCUUGUCGCAUCGCCUCAACGUCCACGUCUGGCCGGUUGCCAUCAAGGAGAUUGAGGCCCACGGCUGA